AGGGCCGGCCCGGGCCGGCGGCGGGCGGGUUUGAAUCGCGGCGCCGCCGCUCCCCCCCGCGCCCCUUCCCUCCCCCGCCAUGAACUUCUCGGAGCUGUUCAAGCUCUCCGGGCUGCUCGGCAGGUUCUCCCCCGACGGCAAGUGCCUGGCUUCGUGUGUGCAGUACCGUUUGGUGGUUCGAGACGUGAAUACCCUCCAGAUCCUCCAGCUGUACACCUGCCUGGAUCAGAUCCAGUACAUAGAAUGGUCGUCCGACUCACUGUUCAUAUUGUGCGCCAUGUACAAGCGUGGGGUUGUUCAGGUCUGGUCCUUAGAGCAGCCGGACUGGCACUGUAAGAUAGACGAGGGGUCAGCAGGACUGGUGGCUUCAUGCUGGAGUCCGGAUGGUCGUCACAUUCUCAACACAACUGAGUUUCAUCUGCGGAUAACUGUGUGGUCCUUGUGUACAAAAUCUGUAUCUUACAUCAAGUAUCCCAAAGCUUGUCAGCAGGGAGUAGCUUUCACUAAGGACGGCCGCUAUAUGGCAGUAGCAGAAAGACGUGACUGCAAGGACUUCAUUAGCAUCUUUGUGUGCAGUGACUGGCAGCUACUGAGGCAUUUUGACACUGAAACGCAAGAUCUGUUUGGGAUUGAAUGGGCUCCUAAUGGCUGUGUUCUGGCAGCGUGGGAUACGUGUCUGGAGUAUAAAAUAUUGCUGUACUCCCUUGAUGGCAGACUACUCUCCAUGUAUCGGGCUUAUGAAUGGUCGCUAGGCAUAAAAUCAAUUGCCUGGAGUCCCAGCAGUCAAUUUUUGGCAAUUGGCAGCUAUGAUGAAAAGGUGCGUAUCUUGAACCAUGUAACUUGGAAGAAGAUCACAGAGUUUGAGCAUCCAGCAACUGUUGCUAACACCAAGACGAUUGUGUAUAAAGAAGUGGAGAAAUCCCCAUCUGUUGAAACAGAGAGACUUUCUUUCCCUCCAACAAGAGCAUUGGCUAGUUCUCUCUUCAGCACACAAAGUAAAUAUGAUGUUUCCCAAGUGCCAGUUUCUUUACAGCAUAUCAAACCAGUUGCUGACAGGGCAAAUCCCAAAAUGGGAAUCGGGAUGUUGGCAUUCAGUGCAGAUAACUGUUUCCUGGCAACCAAAAAUGAUAACAUUCCUAAUGCUGUCUGGAUCUGGGACAUUCAGAAGCUGAAGCUGUUUGUAGUCUUAGAGCAGCUCUGUGCAAUCCAAUCUUUCCAGUGGGAUCCACGACAACCUCGACUGGCUGUAUGUACAGGAAAUAGCAAAGUCUACUUAUGGUCCCCAGCUGGCUGCGUGUCAGUGCAGGUGCCGAUGGAAGGUGACUUCCAGAUCACGUCCCUUUCCUGGCAUUCCAGUGGAGACUCCAUGGUGCUUCUGAGUAAGGACAACUUUUGUGUGUGCUACUUAGAAAGAGAAGAGGUAAAAUAAGUCAUUUGCAUUAAGAAUGCUCAUAAGUGAGGAAGAAUGAGGAAAGGGUCAAACCCUGUUGCCCAAUCUGAAGUUUUUUUUAUUUAUAAAUUAUUUAUUUGAAGGACCGUAUCCAAAGUCUGAUGUGUAAAGUACUGUGAUUGCAAUUGAAUGAAGUGAUGUAGCAACUAAAGUGUAGAGAAUGAAGUCUGGAUUUCAAGAAAACUAGUAUUGGUGUAGUUGAACUUUCUCUUGAACUGUCAACUGUGAAACCUUAUUUUCUAAAAUUGUAGCCGUGUGUAUAUAAUGUAUAGCUAUUAUUUAAGUUUUAUAAUUGCCAAUAAAUAUUUUGAUAAUUACAAACUUGGUAUGACUCGAACUAUGAACCUGCAUUUCUCCAUUCUAAAGUCUGUUUCUCUAUUACCAGUGAUGUGAUCAUGUAGCUAUUUAUCCCAGCCCAAGAAAACUGUUACUUGCACACAACAAACAGUGUACAGCUUAUAUCUAGUCUUCUAAGACAAGAAAUAUUUCUGGUGUAUUAGAAUUAAAUAUUGUAGUACAGGUAGAUCCAUCAGUAAGAUCCUUUCUAGCAAAUCGAUUGCUGUUAAAGCAAAACAAGUUCUUUGUUCAGAAAGCAAAUGAAGUCAUCCAUAAUAAUUUUGCUUUUCCAGACUAAGAUGUUAACAGGUGACCGUAAUUGUGCCUGGUCUACCAUAGAUUUAUUAUACUGACUCUUUACAAGAAAGAUCAUAACCGAUACUGUUACAGGCAACUGAAACAGGACCCUUUGACCCAACUAUCUGGUGCCAAACUGGAGAGGAUGGUGCAGCAGGGAAAGGGAGUGGGACCAUCCUUUACCUUUAACCUGAGUAGCCAGCCACUGUAUUCUUCAAUGGUAGGGAGCCCAUUGUUUAGGAAUUUAUUGGGUGUUUUUUCUUUUGCUACUUAAUUUCACAGUCUCAGUCUCCACAAAAUUAAGAAUGAAGAACAAAUCGAGUUGUAAUUUCAACUUUACUGCAAGAUUCAUGAAAAUUAAAUAGGUAUCUGAAGAAAUGCAUUGAGAGGAGGGGCAUGCAACUUGUUGCAUUCCAUCAUGACUUCAGCUUUACAUAAGUUUCAUAAACACACAUCUACUUUAAGUUCAAAAAGCACCACUGCAGCACAGCAUUUAUUCAGCAUUGUAGUUGCACAGGUCAAUGCUGUGAUAAAAUGGCAUGUGUAGGUCUCAUUCAAUGAAACAGCUUGUUAAAGUAACCUUGAGUGGUUUCAGCUGUAGUGUCUCUUACCAUGCUUCUGAAUUUCUGUUGUGGUUUGAGCCUAGUCAGCAGCCAAACACCACCCAGUCACUCCCUCCCCCUUCUCUGGCAAUGAGAAGGGACAGAGGAGCCAGGCUUGGGGUUUGAGAUAGGACUGGGAGGAGCAGAUCCCCUGUUCUGGUCAAGAGCAGAAGGCAGACUUGGGAGGGGAAGAAAAAAAGAA